UCAUCGUUACCUGUAGAUAAAUCUACAACAUCCGAAAAGAAAAUUUUCAAUGGCUAGCAUUCAAUUCAAAACAUCAAGGGAUAGGAUCAUCAUUGAAGGAUGGGGAUAAGAGCUUAUUUACUACAGCCAAGGGUAUCUGGACGGCUCAAAUCAUCGGACCAUCCCAGCAUCUGGGCCCAGUUGGUUGCAGCGACGGAUGCUAGACUCCGAAGUCUCGACAGGCAAAACGAACUCGAGUGGAAAUCCCUCGAGCCUUUCCCGCAACUGAGAACGAAAGCAGAGCUGCAUACGAACACAUGCGUAUAUAAGAGCGAGCCAGCGAACGAGAGCGAGAGAGAGGUGUUUGAUCUGUUGCAGCAAUGACGGAGAGGAGGAAUCAGAGAGGAGUAUUCAGGGUGUCAGUAUGCGGGGAAGAAGCGGCGGAGCAGAUGUCGAGGGACGGAAGCCAUUACAGUCUAUCGAGUGGUAUGCUUCCGUCUCUAGGCGCUCGAAGCAAUCGCAGAGUCAAGCUCCAGAGAUUCAUCGUCUCCCCUUACGAUCAUCGUUACAGAGGGUGGGAGAAUUUUCUUAUCAUUCUAGUCAUCUAUACCGCUUGGGUAUCCCCAUUCGAAUUCGGAUUCCUUGAGAAGCCAAAGGGUGCUUUAUCUGUGGCUGACAAUGUCGUUAAUGGGUUCUUCGCCAUAGAUAUCAUCUUGACUUUUUUCGUGGCCUACCUAGAUAGAGGGACUUACCUGCAUGUGGACAGCCAAAAGCAGAUCGCUUGGAAGUAUUUGAGCACCUGGUUUGCUCUCGAUGUCGUCUCCACAGUCCCAACUGAAUGGACACAGCUGAUGUUGCCACCAAAGCUCCGGUCAUAUGGUUUCUUCAACGUGCUUCGACUCUCGCGUCUACGCAGAGUCAGUUCGAUGUUUGCCAGGUUGGAGAAAGACAGAAAGUUCAACUACUUUUGUGUCCGAUGUGCGAAACUUAUCUGUGUUACUCUAUUCGCAGUUCAUUGUGCUGGGUGCUUCUAUUAUCUUCUUGCCGCAAGGUACCAUGACCCUCAUAACACAUGGAUUGGGAUGGCUAUGGGCAACUUCCGUGAGAAAAGUCUCUGGACCCGCUAUGUGACCACUCUCACGACUGUCGGGUAUGGCGAUUUGCAUCCCCAGAAUACAAGGGAGAUGAUUUUCAACCUCUUCUACAUGCUCUUCAACCUUGGUUUAACAGCUUAUCUGAUCGGAAACAUGACCAAUUUGGUCGUCCAAGGGGCCAGUCGAACUAGGAAAUUUAGAGACACAAUUCAAGCAGCUUCGAGUUUUGCGCAACGAAACCAGCUCCCUCCCCGGCUGCAAGAUCAAAUGCUUGCACACUUGUGUUUGAAGUUCAGAACGGACUCAGAGGGGCUGCAGCAGCAAGAGACUCUCGAUUCCCUUCCAAAAGCCAUCCGGUUCAGUAUUUCACAUUUCCUCUUCUACGAACUUGUCGAUAAGUUGUACUUGUUCCGAGGGGUUUCAAAUGACUCGGUUUUCCAGCUGGUCUCAGAGAUGAAAGCUGAGUACUUUCCUCCCAAAGAAGAUGUGAUCUUGCAGAAUCAAGCACCGACGGACUUCUACAUAAUGGUGACCGGUGCUGUGGAACUUAUCAAAUACAGGAACGGAACAGAACAGGUUAUUCGAGAGGCAAGGGUAGGAGAUUGUUUUGGAGAGAUAGGAGUGCUUUGUUACAGGCCACAGCUAUUCACAGUCCGCACCAAACGGUUGUGUCAGCUACUGCAGUUGAAUCGUACUUCCUUCUUGAACAUCGUUCAGUCCAAUGUUGGAGAUGGAACUAUAAUAAUGAACAAUCUCCUUCAGCAUCUGAAAGAGAUGAAAGACCCGGUGAUGGAGGGAAUUUUAGCAGAGACAGAGAACAUGCUCGCUCGGGGUAGGAUGGACCUACCUCUCAGCCUAUGCUUUGCUGCAAUCAGAGGAGAUGAUCUUUUACUGCACCAGCUAUUGAGACGUGGCUUGGACCCAAACGAAUCAGACAACAGCGGGCGCACCGCACUGCAUAUAGCAGCAUCAAAAGGAAGUGACAACUGUGUUCUCCUCCUCCUAGAUUAUGGGGCGGAACCCAACAACAGAGAUUCAGAAGGAAGUAUCCCUCUGUGGGAAGCAAUUCUCCAAAAGCAUGAAUCGGUGAUCAAAUUGCUGGUGGAGAAUGGUGCAAAUAUCUACUCUGGUGAUGUGGGCCAGUUUGCUUGCACGGCCGUUGAGCUAGACAACUUAGAACUGCUCAAGGACAUUGUCCAUUAUCGGGGUGAUGUCACUCUGCCUAAGAACAAUGGAACAACUGCUCUCCAUGUCGCUGUCUGCGAGGGGAAUUACAACAUAGUCAAAUUUCUAUUAGACCAAGGGGCCGACAUGGACAAACCCGAUGCCCAAGGUUGGUCUGCAAGGGCUCUGGCUGAUCAACAGGGCCACGAAGAGAUAAAAGCCCUCUUCCAAGCCAAGAAAGAGUGUGCUGAUCACUCCAUCAUGGUCUCCAAUCCCCCAAGCGUGAAGUUCAUUGGGAAGUUCAAGAGCGAGCCAUCAAUCCAUCCAUCAUCCCAUGACAGCAUGCCACUCAUUGGCGAUGGGCGGUCUUGGGGGACGAACCUUCGCAGGCGUAAGAUCAACAACUUCCACAACUCACUGUUUGGGAUCAUGUCUGCUGCUCACGCAGAUGAGAGGAGCCCGCUUCGAUCUGCAGGCCCCGCAAGAUGCAUCGGGCCAUGCGGCAUUCACCGUGCUAGGAUCACGAUUAGCUGCCCCAAGAAGGGCGAUGUGGCAGGGAAACUCAUGCUCCUUCCGGAAUCUUUUCAAGAGCUGCUCGACAUUUGUGCUAAGAAAUUCGGGUUCGUACCCACCAAAGUCCUCACCAAAGAUGGAGCUGAAAUUGAUGAUAUAGAGCUGAUAAGAGAUGGUGAUCAUCUGAUUCUUGUUGGUGAUGAUGGGGCAAGAGAAGCUGACAGCCAAAAGACAGGAGAAUGAAGGGUGGUGAGAAAGGUGCAUGGAAACCAAUCUUUUUUUGUAAUAGAUGUGCUUUUCGGCCAUUUGGUGCGACCAUUGAUUGCCGCAUGGGAUUACUGAGCUUGGAGAUGGACAAGAGAUCUGGUGGGCCACUCUGUUUUUCAUGGGCUAUCACUGGAUUUUGGUUGGUGAUCUUGGUGUGGAAGUCAAUGGGAAGUGGGACAUGGUGUGGAAGGGAGAGAAUUGAAUGAAUGAAUAGAUAGAUGGAGUUGAGAGAUUGAAGAAUGUCUAUGAUCAAUGUAGCUGUCGGGGGGAACACCCAUCCUUCAAUAAAAGAAGGGAGAUUGGGUGAGAAUAAUGUGUUUUUGCCACGUCAUUUUCAAAGUUCCAAAGGAAAAUCUGUCUCCAAGGGGGUUUUGUAUACAAAGGUAUGUUCAUCCA